ACAUCCUGUGAAGCCUGCAUGUCACACGGGAGAGCACUCCAAACUCACAGCACACACAACAACACAGAGCCAGAGGAGAGCAGAGGGAUGUGGACUGGAGUUUGGGACCGGCACAAGAGGAUCAUCAAACACCUCCAUGGGGUAGCCAUACGGACACUGUCUAUUCCUAGGAUGCUUUCAUAAACAUGAUGAGGUGCAUCAAGAGGCAAAGAGGGAGCACAUACCAGUGAUAUUUUGAGGACAUGUGUCAGUGAAGUGGAGAGACGCUGACCAUGGGUGACUGGAACCUGCUGGGCAGCAUCCUAGAAGAGGUCCACAUUCAUUCCACUAUCGUAGGCAAGAUCUGGCUUACCAUACUCUUCAUCUUCCGUAUGCUGAUCCUGGGUGCGGCUGCUGAGGACGUAUGGGACGACGAGCAGUCAGAGUUUGUCUGCAACACUGACCAGCCAGGCUGCAAGGCGGUCUGCUACGACCGUGCCUUCCCCAUCUCCCUCAUACGCUUCUGGGUCCUGCAGGUCAUCUUUGUCUCUGCGCCAUCGUUGGUCUACAUGGGCCAUGCCCUCUACUGCAUGCGAGCACUGGAGAAGGAGCGCCACCGCAGACGGGCCCAGCUGAAGGAGGAGCUGGACGAGGUUGAGUUGGCCUUGGACGAACAUAAGCGCAUGGAGAGGGAGCUGAGGAGGCUGGACGAGCAGAGGAGGGUGAAGAAGGCUCCUCUCAGAGGCUCUCUGUUGAGAACCUACAUCAUCCAUAUCCUUACACGCUCUGUGGUGGAGGUCUGCUUCAUCCUGGGCCAGUAUAUACUUUAUGGUGUCCAACUGGAGCCCCUCUAUCGGUGUGAGAGGCUACCUUGCCCCAACAGUGUAGACUGUUACAUCUCCAGGCCCACAGAGAAGACCAUCUUCAUGGUUUUUAUGAUCGCGAUUGCUGGUGUGUCACUGUUCCUCAACAUUCUGGAAAUAUCCCACCUGGGCAUCAGGAAAAUCAAACAGACACUGUAUGGAGAGAGGUACACGGAAGAUGACAGCUUGAUUUACAAGUCUAAGAAGAAGUCCUUACCACACCUUUGUGUAAUGAGUAAUGUAUCACCUCACAACGGGCCUUUGACUCAGACCUUCAAAGUGAUUCCAGAGGCGGACAUGAAGCCUCCAUAUUACAACACUGGGCUCAAAGCCAACCAGGAUGCACCAAGACACAACAGCUUAGCCUAUCUGGGUCACAGUCAGACCAGCUAUAUCUGUCCCGAACCUAGGAUGCCACACAGGUCUGGCCAGAACUUUGCAAUGCAAGCCCCCCAAACACAUGAAGGUCCAGAAGUCCGCAAAACUAUGGUGGGCCAUCAUCUUGCCUGGGCUUCUGUUGUGUCAAAUGUGGAGGGAAGUGCAACAAGCCAUCAUGCGGAUCCCCAUGAGGGAGAGCGUCCUCACCCCAGCCAUUUGGAAGCUCUACUGUCCACGAGCACCUUAAGGCCCGGCGCUCUCAGAGACCUGGAUGAGGACAAGCGAAGGGAGUCAAUGCAGAGCGAAGUCCUGAUAUCCAACCCCAGGAAGACCAGCUUCAUGAUCAGGCCACCGUCUGAGAGCUUGUCCUCCAUCAGUGGCUCCACUAGCCUUUCCUUACAUACCUCAGAGGAGUCAGAUGAACUGGGCUCCCUGCAGGGAGACAUGCCGAUGAUGCCGCCUGCCGGGGGACGAAGAAUGUCAAUGAGCAUGUUUCUGGAUAUCUCCUCUAUCAUGAAGAAGUGAGGCGGCGUGGCUCCAGCACUGUGUUCCACAAACUUUAUCAGUGUAUCCAGCCUUCAACAUCGAUUCAGAAGUCACACGGGGCCCGGAGCCGUGAGACCGUCGGUGCCAAAGCCCAGAAGGUUUGGGAAUUGAAGCACCUUAGAACGUCUACAUGUGGGAACUGAGAGGAUGAAAGGAUUGUACCUUCUUUUUUUUAUGUGGACAUCUUUCCAUGUCGCUGAUGCAAUGGAUUAUGGAGCGACCUCCUCAGAGCAUCUGUUUGCUUCUGUAACACAGACUUUGUGUGCCUGAAACACUUUUUCUAAUUUGAAGACUUGGUUAGAAUCUGUGUGCAUCUGUUUAUAGUCAUUUAUAUACGGCCAGUUCGUGGGAGCUUAUGAUACUUUAUAUUGUAUUCAGAUUAAAAUGCUUCUUA